CUGAAGCGCAGGAAUCCCAUUUGAAAAAAAACAACCAGGAAGUUAAACAGAGAAGGAAUCGUAUUUGCAUUCGUGGAACAUUGAACUUUGUGUAAAGUGUGUAUAAAACUGUUUUCAUAGUGUUUGAAAUAAGUGCGUUAGCUUCACAUCCAGUGGAUUCACCGGGUUCAGAUACUUGUUUCCGACACGAUGGACGUUGAUCCGGAGCGGGGAGGAGUGGCAGAAGUGCCGGAGCCAAAGGACAAGGUGCAGACCUUGAAGGAUCAGGUCGAUGGAGUCAAAAACAUCAUGACGCAGAACGUGGACCGAAUCCUGGCCCGAGGGGAGAGGCUGGAUGACCUCAUGGGCAAAUCAGAGGACCUGCAAGCAGGGGCUCAGCACUUUAAGCAGACGUCUCAGAAGGUGGCUCGCUCUUACUGGUGGAAGAACGUCAAGCUGAUCGUGUUGAUCGUUGUGAUCGUCCUCAUCAUUGUCCUCGUCAUCGUCCUGCUGGCUACCGGAGUCAUCCCCACCAGUUCCCCCCUGCCUCCUAUAGUCACUCCCACCUCCAAGCCUAACCCAUAAACAAACACACUUAAUGUACAUAAAGACAUAUUUAAAUCAUUAACAAAGGCAUUCCAAUUGCACAUUAUACGAAACUUUUGCAAAUCACUGCUGUCUGGUGAAACCUUUAUCGCUUCUGAGUUAGUGUCCACUGAUAACUGUCAUGCUUCUAUUGGAAUUUAAGUAUUUCCUGCUUUGGUUUAAGGAACUUUAAUGACAUGGGAGCUUAUGAAACAUUUUCAAAACACAAUUCCAGCAGCCAUUUUUGAGUAAAUAAGAAAUCAACUUUGCUUUGUAAGUAAAAGUCUACAGAAAGUCUGAGGUCUUCACCUGACAGCAGCAGCAAAAUUUCUGUUCUCAAAGGACGACUCACACCACCGCUGUCAGCUCUUUGCUUAACCACCAGUGGUUAUUUCAUCCUGGCAAAGAGGAAGUCAGCAAGUCCACUUUAAAGUGUGUGGAUGGAAAUAAUGAAUGUAGAUUCCUCUAGUCUGUUACCAGACAUUAAGUUUGUCUUAAACCACAUCACUAUCAUGCACCUUUUACAAAAGACGGUUAAAAAGAAAUAAGUAGGACUCUAAAAACUUUUUUCAGACAAUCAAGAAGAAGUAAUCAUUCAAUAGAAGUCCUUUUCAUAUUUGUCAUAUAGUUUAUUAUUAUUAUUAUUUACACAUAGCAUUUCCUUAGCUAUUUCUAAAAUGUUGUAAUUAGCUCCUUAAUUUGUGUUGAGGGCUUGUGAUUGGAGAGAGGUUGUAUUGGAUCAAUAGUACACCCUCAAAGUAAACUGUUAAAGUGAAAGUAGGAGACCAGGAGCGUAUCUUUAACAUCUAACUGAUAAAUUACGUUGCUUUUUUUUCGACUCAACAGAAAAGUGUAGUAUUUAGAGAGGAAGAUAAGAUUUGUACAUUUGCACCGUGCAGUAUAAUUGGUCUGUUUAGCUGAUCGUGUUACUUCUCUUCCUCUUACUUUAGAAACAUAGUGGUUUGUGAGCUCCUCCGCUCAGCUCGGACACAGUGUUCUUGUUUCACUCUUUGUCUUUACACUGAAGUGAAAGCAGCAGAGGUCAGGCACAGCUUUUUGGAGGUGCAAGAGCUCCACACUUUUAACACAGGGCUUUGAGUUAAUACACAUACUUGGGAACAGCUGUUAAAGGUCAAUUCCCACAAGUCUGGUGUUGGAGGAUCAGGCUCCCUCCAGUCUACUAGCUGAGAGAGAUCACUUACGACCCCUCCACGGCUCCCCCUGCUGGGCCUGUGUCAACAAAUAGGGAGCAAAGAUCUUGUGUGUUUGUAACUGUAUCACCAUCACUUUCCACCUCCCUCUGCUGUUAUAGUAACCAGUUUAGCUUCAAAGAGGUCAUUCCCAUUAUGAACUGUAUAUAGUGACAUAUUCACAUCUAUAUGUAUAUUAGCACCAACCUAGAUGCUAUUGAUGUUAUUUAAUAUUAUUGGUGUGCUUCCUUUUUUUAAAAAUUAAAAACUGAUAAUUAAAAAUGAUUCAUCUUAAGUUCAAUUACUAUGUUAUCAAUCAGUUUACACCAACAGGUGUGAAAAGUGGAAACAUAUUCUCCAUGGUGUUUGGGUUUUUUACAUGUUUCUGGGGUGCUGUAGUGCUGAUUUUGUUACCUUUUCACACGCUCAUACUAACCUGAUCCAUGCUGUGUGUGAGGCCACAAUCACAUUUCUGUUCAUCAGAAGCUACAGCAGGUCUGUUACUGUGUUAGAGGUUUUUUUUUUCCACUGCCUUUAACUCGUCUCAUGUUGAAUCCACACGCUCAAAAACCAAUGAAUCCUGGUCAGCUGGCCUGUGAUGUAGCUGUAAUGUUUGUUUAGUGGCCUUAACAAGGGUCUAAUUCUUAUGACUUGUGUAACAUUUUUAAUUGUCUGAUAUCAAAUAAAUAGUAUUUACUGCU